AUGCACACCGGUGGCGACUUGGAGCCGGAUGCUCUUCUGCCCACCUACGAGGAUGCGGCUGCAGCUGCAGGUUUUGUGGUUGAGGGGAGCUCUUUGCCAGCACUGCUCCCGACAGCUGAUGCUUCCCCGCAAGCGGUCAGACAUGUUGAUGCACUGGUUUGGCCGACCCGAUACAGUGCUUCGGGGCAUAAUGAUGCCGUCGUCCCGCCGCCAUUUCUAAGAUUACCCUUGCCUGACGGGGUCGAGGACAGUGAGGCCAUUUCGGAUUGGUUGGGGGUUAUCGUCAUGGCCCCACACUAUCAAACCACGCAUUGGGCUUUGCGUUUUGAUAGAGGGUUAGGAAUUGAUGCCCUCCUCUCCGCCGUGCUUGAUCUGGGAGCUGCGCUAUGCAAUGGCACGGCUGAUUCGGUUGUUGCACUCAAGCCACAACGGCACCGAGGGUAUGCAAUGGUCUUGGCGUUUCCCAGCGUGGUUUCGCAACUUGGGCCUCAUGGGCACGUGGCGUGCGUGCUUGACUUAUCGCAUGUUGGUGGGGCUUAUUUUGCUACUGUGCUGCCAGCCCUCAUCAGCUACGAUGAUAUUGAGAGCUUCGUACUGCCUCUCAUUAGCGCUGCCGUGGAUCAAUUCCGUUUCUUCCUUCCCGGGCGGGAUGACCCGUGGCCGUACGAGCAGGACUUGCAGUUGGAGCACGGUUUUGUGAUCACGGUCCUUGAGGAGAGUCGACGCCUGGGAGCUUCUAUCCGACAUGCUGUUGGCAAUCUGUUGGACCUUCCAGUCGAACAUUUGACCAUGAAUGCUUGUCGUAUGAGUGAUUUGGAUGUGCAGGGCAGUGCUUGUUGCGAGGUCCUCCAAGUUGUCCGUUUGCCCUCUCCUGAUGAACAGAAUACGGAGGCUUGGCAACGGCGUGACAUUUUUGUCCUGUGCGACAUGCGUGCCCUUGGUUUGCGCCCCGUGACGUAUUUUACUCAUUCCCUCACCGUCCACGUCCCUCCGACGGAGAUGAUGACGAUUCUGACCAUGAUGAGCAGGAUUCUUCCGAUUCUGACGCAGCUGACCCCCAGGCUGAUGCGCCCGAUCUUCCAGGCUUCCUUUUUCAUCUUCGUGCCUGAUUACCUGCCGGAGGUGAUCUCUCUUCCUGUUAACAUGCCUGCGACCUUGGCCGAGGUCCUCUUUAUGAUACAGGAAAUUCGGUUCGAUGUUCCGGCGGGUCGUUUUCCACAGCUGAUCCCGACUCGACCUCAGCUAAGCGAUGCCUUUGGUUGCCUUCUGGCAAUUCCUGCUUGGCCAGAGGAUCGUGCAGUGGUCAUGUUUGAUUUGAGGCUUUUCAAUGGGGCACUCUUCGCAUCUUGCGCCUCGCGUGCUAUGAGACGCGAGGACCUUUUGGUUUUGGCCGGUCUCGGUUCUGGGGCGUGUGUGCAUGUCUUUGUGCCCUCUCAGCCGUGGGCCCUCGGUCCGAGACAGCUGGUCUAUUUAAGCCAUGGAGAUGUGAUCUCUUUUGUUAGCUACGGCACUCCUUUUGUACCUGGUGCCGAUAUCGAGGAGAUGCUUCAUGACCCCGAUAGUUGGGAGGAUGACGCUGUCAUUCCCGAGCUUGACGCGGGUUUUUGCUUCCUCUCUGAUUUCGAUACCUUCCGUCUUCCGGUCCCUCCUGCCGGAAAUGUGGGAUUGCGUCAGCUGGUUGGAGAGAGUCUCCAAUGCGCGCCACAUGCACUCACCCUGCGGGCGACUAGGCCCACUCGUGUGGGACACCAGCAUAUCCUCGUGCUUGAUAUGCGGCCUAUUUUGCGGGGUCUCGACUGGAGACUGCUCGAGCAUGAUCGUGUCUCUGUUCGGUCUCUUUUGGAUGCCUUCGAGCCGCUUUGCCCCAGUGGUUUUUCGGUCACUGUUUCGGGUGGUCGUGAGGAAGAAGUGGCGGGCGAGCUGGUCAUCGUGUCUGAGGACGGCCAGGCUCUGUCAGUUGACUUUGAAGCUAUCCUCGCCCCCGGCCAGGAUGAGGAAUUGGCUUUGUCACACCAAGGCAGUGAUCACGAGUCCUCCCCAGGUGACACUGACAGGCACUUUCGCGAUGCUGAUGCUGAGAUCGAGAUCUCAAGUGGAUCGGAUGCUCGAAGUCGAUCACCCAGAGGAGAGGCUACUGAUUUGCAGGGGUCCGACAGGUGGCGCGCACAGGCUGAGGUUGCACAAGAUGGAGGUUGUACCAUAGGUGCCGCGCAUCUCUUGCUUUUGCUCUUGGUGUUCCCGGACUGUGGCGUUUCAUGUGCCAGUUUUGGCAUGCAUGCAGUCCGCUCUGCCUUUGCUCGCUUCCCGCCCUCUGUGUUGACGGGGUUCUUUGUGCAGAUGGCUUUCGCUAUCCAGGUCCGCGCUUGCCUGGGUACCCUGCUGUCCGUUGUCGGGUGCGGCAGGCCGCUCCCAACUCCUUGUCGUGCGACCUCGGCUCUGGAGACUCAUCCUGUUCCGGGUCUGGCAGAAUACUGUGUUGACGGACCAACGCUUCUUGAGUGCAGUCUGCAAGAGCCAGGAAACGAGGCCUUUUUGCUGUCCUGUACGUUGUUAGAGGUUUUGGUUGAGCACGGGCAGGUCGCAGAUCACCCCGCCGCAGCUCGAAGCCAUCGACAUGUUCUUACACUCGAUGAGCUGCUCCCCGCGGGGCCUGCGACAGAGUACAUUCCUUCGAGUAAGGGAGAUAACACUGUUGGGCCAGAGGUCUUCGAUCUAGAUGUUGGGCAGUGUCAACUACCGUGCUCUGUGCAGGAUUUGCACGCUUUGCUGGGGCGAACUUUUCCUUCGGAGCUUCCUGCACCACCCGCAUCGGCCAUAGGUGCCGAGUGGGGGCAAGCCACUCCAUACCUAGCUGAGUUGGCUGGGCUAUUCUGGUGUGCCCUCUUGGCGCUGCGCAUGCCUUUCGCUUCGGGGUUUGUUUGCCGUGCGGAUAACCAGGCCGCCCUCUUUGGAGCAGAAGGGCGUAUUGGCAUGCGGAAACACCCUCUUGCGGAGGCGGUCGCCUGUCUGCACAUGGCGCUCCGUAUCCUGCGGGAUGACGCUGUGCGCUAUUAUCAUGUCUUGGGCCAUUCUGGGGAUCCAGCCAACGAACUGGCGGAUGGCCUUGCCUCCCUGGGAGCCAUGGGUCCGCCUUGCAGCCUCGAGGUCAGCCCUACGGUCUUUCCUUCAGUGCAGCAUGACGUGCUCUCUUGGAGUUUGGAGGAACCGGAGUCUGUGCUUCCUGGCCAUGCUCUCAUGGCGCCCUUUACCCGGGCCUUCCCAUCGUCGGAGGUCUCCGACGGCAAGUGCGCCCCUUUUGAGUUUGCGUGCGUCUCCUUCAACGUGCUCUCGUUGUUGGAAAAGGACGAUUGUGCUGUUGGAGCUGCCGCUGGCCUUUAUGGCUCGGCCGGGCGCGUAGCCCUCCUGGCAACUACGCUACGCGACCACAAAGUGUUUCUAGUCCUGUACUUUCUGGCAGGGCAUGCGCCCCAUCGCAUGCAUGAUGCCAGGACUAGAGAAGCUUGGUGGACGGAGACUUGCCAGUUGUGCCGACAAUACGGUCCGCACGCACGGUGGUUAGCCAGUCUGGAUGCAAACUGUCGAGUCGGUGAUGUUGAAACUGAGCACAUUGGUGGUUGGCAGGCGGACCAGCAGGACCUGGGUGGGGACGGUCUGCACGCUUUACUUCGACAACACGAUAUGUGGCUGCCUUGCUCAUUCCAGGAAACGAUGUCAGGACCUGGCGGCACUCUGUAUCAAAAGGUUUCUCGCGAGUUGCAGCGAGGGGACUUUAUUUGUCUGCCUAUGGAUUGGCGGCGCUGCAAAGUCUCAGCGAGAGUUGAAGCAGCUAUCUCCGCCGGACAUGCAGUCUUGGAUCACCUUGCGGCCCGACGCCUGAAGGCUGCCUUCCUUUCUGCGGAUGCGGCUGAGAUUCACCAGGCUGUGUCUGUUCUGCGCCAUGACUUACGUAAUCGUCUGACCGGGUUACGCCUAGCACGCCUGCGCUGUGCUUGGAUUGCUUGGCGUGGUGGACCUGCCUUCGAAACCUUGUUCUCCGGGCCAUGGUUGGGUCAGCUUCGUCUCUCUAUUGGCCUUUUCACUAUGCGCAUCGGUGUUCUUGGCCGCGUAUUGCGCAGAAGGUGUCGGUUGGACAAGCGGCUAUAUCUCGAGGCGCUCGCUGACGAGGUUGAUGGUUCUGCUGGGGCCCAGGCCCAGUGCGCUUUGAAGAAGGCAGACGGCACUAUGUGUCAAUCUGAAUCUGAAGUCAUUGAGCAGUGGCGGCAACAUUUUGCAAACAUGGAAGGCGGCCGGGUGGUGCAGCCAGACACGCUCGCCACCUCCUGCUUGGCACGUCAGCGUUCAAUACCUCCCGCAGAGUCCCUGCAAGUUGACGACAUGCCUGAUCUCCUUCAGGUGCUUGAGGCCUUUCGGCAGGUCAAUCCGCACAAGGCUGCCGGACAAGACUGCAUUCCACCCGCGCUCUGCAAGCAGUGCCCGGGACAGCUUGCGGUGCUCUUCUGGCCUAUUGUGUUGAAGGCGAUGAUACAUUCGUCAGAACCGGUGGGGCUAAAAGGAGGAGUUUUAUUCCACAUCGAUAAACCCGGUGUGCCGGAUAAGCUUUCCCUCCAGUCCCAGCGGGGGAUACUGGCACAGUCUAUUUUCGAGAAGAUACUGCAUAAAACCCUCCGAAGGCUCGUGGUCGGCGAGAGAGUCAGAGAAGCUGUGGUCGGCGGGGGACUGGGAGAUGCACCCCUGGAAGAGGUUGUUCGUACCUUGGGGCUCCGAGAUGAGGAUAUGCAAAUUUUGUGCUCGUACGUGCAGGAUGAGCCAGCCUUGCAAUCCGUGCAGGGUCAUAGCCUUUUACAGGUUAUGUCUCGUGAAUUCCAUGCUCACACCUGGUUCGCUCUUGCCGGCGACCCUUGCUUGGUGCAGACGAGUAGGGGCACGCGGCCAGGAGGAUGCCUGGCCGAUGCCAUGUUCUCGAUCCUGUUCCUACGCGUGCUGGCCCGACGAGGGGACUUCCGUGAACAAGGUUGGUGCCCGGAGGUCUGCUGGACCGGCUCUAGGGAGCUGGUUUCAUGUCCUGUUGCACGUGGGCUUCCCAAACUCAAGGUGCAGGACAUUGUGUACGCGGACGACCUAGCAACGUGUGCCACGUGCUCGCAUGCAGCCGAGCUUCCGAGGGUGGUAACACGGAUCACCGGUGUCACGCUUGACACACUCGCUGGGCACGGUCUAUCCGCAAAUAUUGGCCCGCGAAAGACCGCAGCUAUGAUCUGCCCAUCAGGUGUUGGGGCAAAAGCAGUUCGGACUCAGAUCUUCACCCGGGAUAAAGGGAAAAUAGCCGUUCUUUUGGAACACAGUUCCCCUGUUUCGCUCGAUGCCAUAUCGACCUAUAAACACCUGGGGGCAAGCUUGUCUUACAGCGGCUCCAUGCUCCCGGAGAUCCGUUCCAAGCUCGGCGCGGCUCGCGCUGCUUUCCGAGAAGGACAGAAGUCUGUGUUCUGCUCUUGCAGGAUGCACCUUCGUAAGCGAGCAUCCCUUUUCAGAGUUCAUGUGCUCUCGGUCCUUUUGGCCGGGGCAGGCGCUUGGCCUGAAUUAUGUUGUGGAGGCUGGAGGCUUUUCGAGCAGGGUGUGUUUGCCAUGUACCGCAAGCUGCUGCGAAUCCCGCAUCAUGAGGAUCAACAUGUCUGCAAAUGGCGCAUUGUGAGCUUGUUGGGUCUUCCGACCCCUGCCGAGCUUCUGCACGUCGAACGGCUUCGUUUCCUCUCACAACUGGUGUGUGCUGCUCCGGACGAGGCAUGGGCUCUGCUGCAAAAUGCUCCCAGAGCCCUGCGAGCUAUGUGGUCUGCCAUUGCCUGGUUCCAAGAGGCGAUAGUCUGUACCACAGAGCUAGGAGAUGUCUUGGCUAACUGGAGCCUAUGGAGGGACUUGAUCAAAAGCUUUCCUGGUCGUUGGAAAGGCCUUAUCAAGAGGGCUGUCGCAUGGCAUGGAGCUCGACAUGCCGCGCGCGCGGAUUUGGAGGCGUGUUUCCGUAGUUGCUGGCGCCCCGCCCCCAAGCCCCUGGCCACAACUGAUUGCCUUCAGCACGGCUGUGUGUUGUGUAAGGUUGCUUUCUGCGACGUUCAGUCCUGGGCGGCGCAUGCGGCGAAGUCGCAUAAGUACCGUGCGCACCACAGGCGCUAUGCGGUCGGCGUGCGCUGCCGCGCCUGCGGCUCCGUCUUUCCUCAACAUAGACGGUUGGUGCAGCACCUCAAGAUUUCCCCACGGUGUUGUCAGGCCGUGGCCUUGGACAAACCUGGUCUUCUCCCCGCCUUGAGUCUUCCCGAGGGUCCUGCGCAGGCGCUUCUCCAACCCGGGGGUCAAAUUGGUUCAGUUCCCGAGCUUAUCGCUGACUACUCUCGGGAGCUUCUCGUCGCUUUGCGUGCCACGUGCUUUGAGUCUGAUGAGCACAUCUUCGACACCGUUGCGAGUUUCAUUGAGCCUUUUCCCGUCCUGCGUCAAACCCUUGUUGUUUGGGUUUCCGAAUUGGAUGAUAGCGAUGUCAAGGAAUGGGCUGUUGACGUCCUCAGUUGUUGGCAGGUUGAUUUGCUUUGUGAUAAAACUCCUGCUGCCAAAAAGGAUGCUGACAAUGUUGGAGUGGCUGACUAUGCUUUCAGGCCACUCAUUGAGCCCUUCUUUCUUUCGGUCGAACACGUGCAAGGGUCUGCGCUGUUGGCGGGGACUUCCUCGGACUUGAACUUGGAUAGGGCGUUUCCCGUGAGGCCCUCCGUUUGGACUCAUGUUGGCUUUGAGUCCGCGGAGGUUGAUCUCUCUACUUUCUCGUCCUUGGUUGUUUGCUUCCCAGCUCCUCCUCUUCCCUCCCUGCUGUUUUGGGAGUUUCCUUCCUGCUCUUUGAAGGCGCUCCGACCGCACCAGAGAUGGAUUUCUUCGACCCUCACUUGGAUUUCGGCCGCUUUGGAGUUUGCCCGUCUCGGGCGUUUCACGGCCCUCUCGUUUGAUCUUUCAUUCGAUCAGGGAGGUGCCUUGUUUGAGUGGCUCGUUAGCUCGGCGGCUGCGGCUGGCUCGAGCUCGUCACUCGUUGUCCGUUUCACUUCGAAUUCGUCUUGUGCUAGCGGUACGUUCUGA